CAUUUGCCAGAUCUUUAACAAUGGCGGCAUUCAAAGAUAUCUCUAUUUUCAUAACUGGUUGUAACCGCGGCGUUGGUUUUGCUUUAGUUAAACAAAUAUUAUCAUUACCGGAUUCUCCUAAAGUAUUAUUUGCGACUUGCCGUUCCUUAAAGUCUGAUAAUUCGCGGGAGUUACGUGAACUUGCUGAGAAGAACCCAAUCUUACAUCUUCUGGAAUUCGACGUCACCAACGCCUUGCAACUUGAAAAUGUCGUGAAAGAAGUUGAAGCAAAGCUAGCUGGUUCAGGCUUGAAUCUUCUUAUUAAUAAUGCUGGUAUUUAUGAUUUAAAAAAUUCUGAAUAUGGCGUUGUUUCGUGUACACUAGAUGAGGUUACCCGUGACCUGAUGAUGAAAGUCUAUGAGACAAACGCAGUUGCACCUCUCAUGAUUGUAAAAGCUUUCCUACCAUUAUUACGCAGAGCUGCCAAAGAUCCACCAUUUCAGCCGCAGGCAACAGUUGUUAAUAUUUCUUCUGAUGAUGGUUCAGUUGCACUAAAUGUGGAAGGUGGUCAUUACCAAUACAAGUGUUCUAAAGCUGCAGUAAAUAUGUUGACAGUUUCUCUCAGUCUCGACUAUGCCAAAGAUGGAAUAACUGUAGUCUGUGUUGACCCUGGUUGGAUUAAAACUGACAUGGGAGGCAAAGCUGCCCCACUUACCCUACCUCAAGCAAUACCAUCAUUGGUGAAGUUGAUUGGAUCAUUGGAUCUGUCAAAAACAGGGUCAUUCUUGCAGUAUAAUGGCAAUACCAUGCCAUGGUGACUGGGACUUUUCUAAUUUCCUAACAAAUGUCCAACCCCAGGGGUAAUAGAGGUAGUUAUAUUUCAACAUUUCACUAAUAAUCCCACAGCUUAAGUUGGGGAUUAUCAGAUACACCCCCUUCCAUGGAUUAUUGCUCAUGCACAUUUAAUGGUAUUGCAUUCUGCAAGAAGGUUCAGUUACUUCAGAAAGCAACCACACAUAUAUUAUCCUAACUAUAACUAAUAAAGGACUGGAUGCUAGCAUGUGGUUGUCAAAUAUUGCAAUAUAAAUACCCACGCCUGCGAUCUGGGUGUUUUCUCUUGACAUGUAAUCUUACUACAUUGCAUAAUAGUUUACUCUUAAUUAAUAAAUUGGAGAAGUUCUCAUGUGCA